UUUUCUGGUUAUAUUACAGUCCAUGAACUAGCAGACUAGACCCAGCUGCUAUCGCAUUGAUGCCUAAUCGGGAGAGCCACCCCCUUAAGCAGACCGAAACUAACCAUGUUUUUCAAUUGUAAACGGCCUUAGUAGUACAUCUUUAUUUAUCCACCAUCUUCGAGAGGGCUCGGUUCAAAUUUCCACAGGCGGCGGUAGACCUGUCCCUCGCGCACCAUAAUCCGUUUUUUUGUUGUGAGACGCGGAGGGUAGCGAAGUCAUGGGCAAGCUUCAGGAAUUCGAUAUUACUUUUACCAACAACAAAGUGGUCUACAGCCCUGGCGAAUCCAUAAGUGGAACUGUGAAAAUUACAAGUGGUAGCUCACUGCAAUAUAAGGCCAUUAAGGUGAACUGCCUGGGAUCAUGUGGGGUCUCCAACAAAAUGAACGACACGUCGUGGACACUGGAAGAGCAAUACUUCAGCAGCACACUGUCUGUAGCUGACAAAGGUACCCUGGCAGCUGGCGAGCACAGUUUCCCUUUCCAAUUUGUCAUCCCAGUGGCUGCACCAACCUCCUUUGAAGGGCCCUUUGGGAAAAUUGUUUACCGUGUGAGAGCCGUCAUAGACACACCUCGCUUCUCCAAGGACUACAAGGCCCAGAAGCCCUUUUACCUACUCAACCUGCUCAACCUCAAUCAAGUGCCCGACAUUGAGCAACCCAGUUAUGCUGUGACCACUAAGAGGUUCAGCUAUCUCCUGGUGAAGACGGGCACCCUCAUGCUGAAGGCUUGCAGUGACCUGAGGGGAUACACACCAGGCCAGAUCAUCAGACUAGCCACUGAGAUCCACAACAAGUCAGGCAAGGACACGGGCUGCGUGCUGGCCAGUCUCAUACAGAAAGUGACUUAUAAGACCAAACGAGCUUUGUACGACCUGCGGACCAUAGCAGAGGUAGAGGGGGCGGGAGUGAAGGCGGGGAAACACGCUGAGUGGCGAGAGCAGAUCAUCGUACCGCCCCUCCCCCAGUCUGCCCUGGCCGGCUGCAGCCUCAUAGAGAUCGACUACUUCAUCCAGGUAUCACUAAAAUCCCCUGAGACGGUUGUCACUUUACCCAUCUACAUCGGGAACAUCGCUGUCAACUUGACCCCGUCACGAGCUAUGCCCUCAACCCCAGCCCCAACACCCAUCAGCCCUAACACCGGCCUGGAAGGGGUUACCCCCAGCGCACCCCCAGCUGAGGAGGACCUGGAGGAGGAGUUGGGUGCAGGGGGUUCAGUCAGCGAGGAGAUCCCCACUAAGAGCCACUCCCAGCAGGACCAAUCCGGCCGGCCCCCCACCAUGUCCCCCAGUGCAUUUAGCUACGCUCCCGGUGCAGCUUUCCCACCCAGCCAGCGACGUGCCGACGACACCUCUGCGCCUCUGUUCUGUGUGUCCACUGGGUCCACCAUCCCUUUCUUUACAGAGGGAAACGUCACCCCAGUACCCACGUCCUGUCCUCUCAUACUCCCCCCUGAGUACAGCACCUGGGACUACCCACAUGAACCCCCUCCCACCUAUGAGGAGAGCUGCAGCAGCAACAACUCCAGCUUCAACAACAGCAUGCCGUAGAGGAGAGGGGACUGAGCAUAAUGCAGCUCAAAACUGCAAUUACACCCCCUAAAGGACAAAUAGGGUACUGCAGCCCUAGCUCCAAGGGGAUAGAAGACGCUAACCUCCUAAAUGUUACACUUAAACAGGGCUCUCCAACCCUGUUCCUGGAGCUACCCACCUGUAGUUUUUCACUCCAACCCUGUUCCUGGAGCUACCCACCUGUAGGUUUUCACUCCAACCCUGUACCCUGUUCCUGGAGCUACCGUCUUGUAGGUUUUCACUCCGGUAGCUCUCCAGGAACAGGGUUGGAGAGCCCUGCUCUAAAUAUGUUUAAAAAAGGGAUCAUAUCUGUUGUUUUUUUGUGUGUGUGUCAUGAUGGUUUAUACCCCCUUUUCUCCCUGACUAAAAUGUCCUGCUAUUAUAUAGAUUGCUUGAGAGAGAACAUGAACUGUGUCUAAAAUUAGCACUUCAGAGUAAACAUAUAGUGGGUAUGAUAUUCCAUGAUUAGAGCCCAUUGGAGGCUAAACAUUUUUGCAUUUGAGAAUAUUCUUGCAUCUAUGAUGCCUUGAAAUUGUUGUAGGCCUGCUACUGUCUCUCCUUUAUCCUUCAGACACAACCAAAAGCUGGCCUUUGUUGUAGUUUCUUUCCAAAUGUGCACACUACUGUAAUUCCGAUCCAUCACUGUCCACUUCCACCACAGUGGCUCCGUCUUUUGAUGGGUAGAGUCGGGCUGGCCUAGCUGGACAUCAAGACCUGAGCAUGCCUACCCCCUGGUGGCCAUCAACGGAAGAGAAUGUUGCCCAUCAACGGAAGAGAAUGUUGCCCAUCAACGGAAGAGAAUGUUGCCCAUUGGGAAAGCUUCUGACCAUCACUAAGGGCACUAUUUAAUCCGUAAACUGAAGCGUUGCAGAUUCCACGAUAGAAAUGUAGAGGUCAAUUCCCAUUGAGCCGACAUCUGCUGCGUUUACAGUGAAUGCAGUCUCCGCUAAAGCAGGAACAUGGUCUUUAAAUGUCAAGCACGCUGUAAAGCUGCAAUGCAGAUUGAAUAGAGCCCUAAAGUACUGGAACUCAAUGAUGCCUGCUAAGUAGAACAUACUCCUUCAACCUGUGAUCUACUGACCAGGGGCUUCAUAUCUUGUCACACCUCAUCAUCUUGAAAAAGACAAGCGGACAUUGUACUCUUGGGUGUGUAGGGGUAAUUGACAUAGCAAGGUUGGAUAUGCAUUUAUGACAUCUGAUGCAAACACUUUUACCUUCCUCUUUUUUUUUUACCCUGGAUACAAUUUUGUACCCUGAUUUUCCCCAUGUGGCCUUAACUCCUUCUGUUCUACCUACAUUAAUAUGUGGUGAUGAAGACGGUUGUCUUCAGGGUUUCUGUUGAUAAAACAUUUGUUGGUGCGACAACCAACAUUGUGAAAUGUUCAAGCACAAGACAGCACUUUUUGGCAGUUUGAAACAGUGCAUGUAUAUGUUGUUGUGUGUGAAUGUGUAUGUAGUGUACCAGUUCCUGUUGGUGAUCGCCCCUCCUGUCUUUGGCAGUUGAUAACGUCAAGUUGUAAAACUGAGCUGUCCAACAUCAGGCAAUAUCAUCCACUGUGUGUUUAUGUUGAUUUGUAUGUCUUGUUUCUGUCUCAAUGACAGCCUCCUUUUGUAUGUGUAGGCCAACCACACUGUGGCUUAUGUUUCAUACAAUUCUGUAAUUACAAACUUUAGCACCUGCUGUGGGAAUAAAUGUAUAUAGCCAGCC